AAUUCCACUGAUAGUUCAAGUUAUAAGUCAUCAAAGACUGGUCGACGCGUACGGCAAUUCGUUUUAUAACUUAAAAUAUAUAUACUGAGUUAUUAGUUUAAAAUAAAAAUGUCUCAGCAAGUUGCUGCACCAAAGGAGCGGUAUAUACCGAAUGGACUUAAAUUCGCAUUUGGUGGUCUUUCUGGCAUGGCUGCAACAUGUGUAGUGCAGCCAUUAGAUUUGAUAAAAACACGAAUGCAGUUGAGUGGAGGUGGUCGAACUUCCUUUGCUGUAGCUGGAGAGAUUCUAGCCAGGGAAGGAUUCUUCUCCUUGUAUGCUGGCCUAUCUGCGGGGCUGCUCAGACAGGCCACAUAUACAACAACACGUCUUGGAAUAUAUAAUUGGCUGUUCGAUUCAUAUAAAGAACGUAAUGCCGGUGCUGCACCUGGCUUCGGUACCAAGACACUCUUAGGUGUCACAGCCGGAUCUGUAGGUGCAUUCGUCGGCACCCCAGCUGAGGUAGCGCUCAUUCGCAUGACAGCCGACGGAAGACUACCAAUGGAGCAACGGAGAAACUAUAAGAAUGUUUUAGAUGCGUUAUUGAGGAUAAUCCGCGAGGAAGGUGUUCUGAAGCUGUGGCGUGGCGCGACGCCCACCGUCGGGCGCGCCAUGGUCGUCAACGCGGCGCAGCUCAGCACCUACUCGCAGGCAAGAGAGGUUUUCGUGAAAUACGUACCCGACGGCAUAUUCCUACACUUUUGCGCGUCAAUGGUGUCUGGUCUGGUGACCACCAUCGCCUCCAUGCCCGUUGACAUCAUUAAGACCAGAAUCCAAAACGCAGCCAAAGGUCAGUCACAGAUGGCGGUAGUGACGAGCCUGUUAAAGAACGAGGGCGUCCUAUCCCUGUGGAAGGGCUUCCUGCCGUACUACGCGCGCCUCGGCCCGCACACGGUCCUCACCUUCAUAUUCCUCGAACAGAUGAACACAGCAUUCUUCAAAUACACGUAAAGUGUUCGAGUGAAAAUAUGAAAUCAAAGCUACCGUGAUAAGUUUAUGAUAAAUUUCGACAUGUAUGAUUUUAUUGUUGGUCUUAGUUGUUAGUUGGACGUGGCUCUUGAAAUAGGUCGCGAACUAUAUUGCAUGUCGUAUAUGUUUGGGCACAGGAUGGACUUCAUUAUAUAAAGAAUAGUCUACGGCAUUAAAAACUGUUAUUUACUAAUAUAAACGCACGGGAGACAUUCGACCAUAGAUCUAAAGAUUGUCAGAGAGAACAACAAUUAUUUGAAAGUGUAAUUUGGAAAGAUCUAUUAAUAUUUUUAAAGUCAUAUAAUAUAAUAUUAGUAAUAUGGUCCACCAAUAUAUAUCACAAUCAAAAUAUAAUUUAUUCGAGUAUCAGUACUCGCAAGAGUGCGAGCAAAUUUACAUGAUUUAAUUAAAUUCAACCACCGGUUCGGAGUGUAGAUUUUACAGAGAAGGACCUGCGAGAAAUUCAGUAGUUACACUGUUCCGAAAAUCAUUUACAUAGAUUUUAUUAAAUACAAUAAUUGAAUUGUUAUUCAUCACGCAUGGAAAUUAUCGAUAGGGGACCAUAUGCUAUCGCACAUAUGCAUACACACCACUCAAUAUCAGUGGUCAACAUUUGCCUGACUGCACCUUUUCAAUCAAUAAAAAUAAUUAUAAUACAGUUAAGUUUGGUUGAUGAAAGUAAAUGAUUUUAUAAUCCGUGUCAAUGAUAUAUUUUGAAUUAAUAUAGUCUGACUGCCUAUUUGUUUAAUCUACGUCCGAUGAAAAAAAAAAAGAUGAGCUUGAAGUUUUUGUAAAAAUGAAGCUUUUUUAACGUUUUUGUAUACUAUAUUUAUAAAUAUCGCUUUUAGAUACAAUUUUGUUGAAUUUUUUUAAACAUUUUGCACUUUAAUCGUUUAUGUAGAACUAUGUUUACAAUUUUAAAUAAUCUACAUUUAUGUAACAGAUAAUAAAUAUAUUAAUUUACUUUUUAUUUAAUUAUUAAUAUGUUUUAUUGCUUAAGUUUUAGCAACAGAUUAAAAAUAUGUAAGGCACAAAAAAAUUAGAUGUUUUUAAAGAUUUUUAAAUAAAACUUUAUCUAAGAUAUAUUUUCAACUGCCAACCUUGAAAGACAAAAAAAUGUGAUUCAAUUUUAAACCAAACCACCACAUACCAAACGACAACACUUAAGAUAUUUUUUUACUUGCAACUUUGCUAUUAACAAUUAAAUUAUAUAUAUUCAAUAUUAAUAUAAGCUUAGUGUAAUGUGAACUUUCGUAUUUAAUUUGUCUAUCAUGAAAAUUCACUGUCACGUAAAUGUCACAGCAAUAAAAUCUCGUUUUUUAUUUAAAAAAAAAAAAAAAAAACAUUUUUCAAAUAAUUUCAGCACAAACAUAGGUUUAUGAGUGAUUUAGAGUGCCAAAUAUAAAAAAAAAAAAAUGCUUGUUUGGUUUUUUAUAUUAAUUUGCUGCUAAGUACAAAAUAGUUUUAGAUCAUCAGCUUUUAUGAAAUUAUUUUAUAUAUUUACACAAUUUUCUUUAGGUAUUGUACAAAGUCCAGUUUGGACUCUAAACGAUAAAAAAAAUAUAUUUUUUCAAACAACAGGUUACUUAACAUCAAAAUUAUUCUUAUAAUUCCUUCUUGCAACUGUGUUCAGAUGAAUUUAUAGUUUUUGAACUGUUUAUUGUUAUAUUUUUUUGUCGUCUUUUUGUAUGGUAUCUGUGACUUGUUAGCGCGCCUUUUUGCAUUUUUUUUUUAAUUAAUGUAGGUAUAUACUUUUAUAGCAAGCAUUUUUUGUUUCUUUUUGUUGAUUGUAUAAGAAUACUAGUGCUAAAACCCAAUUUUUGAGGCAACAUUUAAAUACAUAACACAUGUACAUCUUUUAAAACGUCUCUUCAAUUAGACGAAUCUCUUUAAUUUGCUGUUUCUCUUAAAAAACUGUUUUGAUAUUUAAAAAUACAUGUAUCUCUUUAUAACAUCUAUUUUAUUAUACUUCUAGGGAAGCUUCCAUUUGCGCAAUAUAUAUUUGUAUUGUUUGAAUAUGAAUUGUGGUCAUAUAUACGAUUAAACUUAACAUACCUAUUUGACAGGAAUUUCUUACCUUUUUACCAUAGACACGACUAAGAGAUAUUUUUAGUCUGUCACUACUUAUAGUCCCAUUGGCUACAACAGGACCAAUAUCAUUAUAUUUAAAUUCUUCUAUUUGUGUUCAUUUAUCACAACGAAGAGCUAGAUAAGCAAAAGCAUUGUCCUAAUUAAAAAAAGAAAAAAUCUAUAAAAUUUUGUGUUCUAAAAAUAUUUUUUAUAAAUAAUCCUUGGUAAAAUUAUAUAUUCAUUCGUUUUGAUUUUUUUUUUUUAUAAUUGUGUCUAUAUUUUUAAAUACUGCGUAAAUGUAUCACUUUUUUGUUGUUCGUUGUUUGUUUGAUCAAAUAAUUGGUAUAUAAAAUAUGUAAAAAUAUUUGAUUAGAUUAAGUUUGGACUGAAUUUAAAUCGAACUAAAAGUCGAUAAGUGUACUGAAAUAAGUACUAAUUUAUUACGUCAUUUGAUAUAUUUGUGCAAAUGAACCAAAUAUAACCGAAUCGGUCCAUAAGUGAUGCUAAGUGAAGUGUCGCCAUAAGAAUGAUACAUCACUGUUUCCUAAAAUAUGCACGUCGUAACGUGGCUAUUGUAACGUAUGAGCCGCUAAUGUAUGUUAGAUAAGCAUAAAUUAAACGAAUAUAUUUUUAUAGAGGCAGUUGUAUGUGACUAACUUAAGAGAAUGUUGCUAUAUUAAAGUUUGUUAUGAAAAAUA